AUGGCCACUCUAAUUGCUCCAAAGUACUUCUCUCCUGUUGAAGAUGCAGAAAAUAUCAAGAAGGCUUGCCUAGGUUUGGGGACAGAUGAGAAUGCCAUAAUCUCCAUUUUAGGCCAUAGAAAUGCAAAUCAAAGGAAGCUUAUAAGGUUAGCUUAUGAAGAAAUCUACAAUGAAGAUCUCAUUCAACAACUCAACUCUGAGCUUUGUGGAGACUUUGAGCGUGCUAUAAGCCACUGGACACUCGAUCCGGCUGAUCGAGACGCCAUUUUAGCAAACAAUGCAUUGAAAGCAUCGACACCCGAUUAUCGUGUCAUAAUCGAAAUAGCAUGUGUUCGGUCCGCCGAAGAUCUUUUGGCAGUAAAACGAGCUUAUCGGUUUCGAUUCAAACAUUCCCUCGAGGAAGAUGUGGCCUCUUGCACAACAAAAGAUAUGAGAAAACUUCUUGUGGGGGUAGUGAGUGCUUACAGAUGUGAAGGGAAUGAGAUUGAUGAGAACAUGGCAGAAUUAGAAGCAAACAUUAUUGAUGAUGAAAUCAAAGGCAAAGGUUGUAAGAAUAAUGAAGAGAUCAUAAGAAUUGUUAGCACAAGAAGUAAGCCACAACUCAAUGCAACUUUCAAUCGCUAUAGAGAUAUUCAUGGUACAUCCAUCACCAAGGGUUUAAUAGGUGACUCAAGUGAUGAGUAUCUUGCGGCAUUAAGAACUGUUAUAAGAUGCAUUAGAGAUCCAAAAAAAUAUUACGCAAAGGUUUUGCGAAAUGCGAUGAAUACAAUCGGGGUCGACAGAGAUGGUAUUAGUAGAGUGAUUGUGACAAGAGCAGAAAAAGAUUUGAAGGAGAUUAUGGAAAUGUAUUUGAAGAGAAACAAUAUAUCUCUUGAGGAAGCUGUGAGUAGAGAAAUAGGAGGAGACUAUAAGGCCUUUCUUUUAGCACUUUUGGGCGUUGAUCAACCUUUGAACCUAAAGGAUUAAGUUCUUAAAUUAUUAUUAUUAUUAUUAUUAUUAUUAUUAUUAUUUUUCCAUACUACUUUUGGAAUAAGUUUUUAUUAAACAUAGGGUUUUGGAUUGAUUGUAUGGUUCUAUAGGAAAUUCUAAGCUUUUCUUUUCCGUUUAUUUUCUUUUGUGAUAUUCCUAGCUAGUUUCUAUCUUUUAGAUGGAUUCUACGCAUAUAUUUUCUUUAAUAAUAUAAAGUACCUGAUUUUUUU